AUAAGAUAGUAUAUUGCAUAAAAUAAUUAUUAAAAAUUGUUAUGGAUUGCGUAAUAAAGAUUGUGCAAUAUAUUGUGUAGAUGUAGAAGAAAGGCGAUAUAUCUGUUUGUUUUAAAUGAUAUAAGACGGAACUUCGGCUCACGUACCCAGACAGCACGGUGACGUCAAAUGACGUAUUAAUAAUGUCAUAAUGAUUUUAGAAACAUCAUUAAGACGUGCUACUUAGGUAUAUUUACAUUGUGAUAGAGUGAGCGUUACAUUUGUGGUAGUGAGAUCGAGAUUCCGUUCGACACUGAUUUACGUUUACACGGCAAUAUCUAGUUGAAAACACUCGUAAUCUGCAUUUUCAUGAUCAGCGUAAAACCGAUUUGAUAAGUCUGGAUUGUUUUUUUUUGUGUCUUUUCGGGCGAAAAGGUCUUAAAAUGCCUUGAAUCUGCCUUUUAUUGGUUAUAUGACAAUAUUGUUAUAUAAGGAAAACAUAAUAAAGACAAAAUAAAUAUCACACCAACCUCAUACUAACCUAAUCUAACAAAAACCAAUGUUUUGAAGAAUUCUUGGACAAUUAUUGGAUAACUUGUAUGAUGUCAAAACAUUUUAAAAAACAUGUCUCGGAUUUGGGUGAUCGUCAGUUCCGCCGUCGUAUAAAAAAUGAAACGGAAAAUGUGCUGAGAUAUGUUUUCGAAAAUAUAAAAAAUGAUGAUGAUGAUACGGAUGAAGAAACAAGAAAAGAAUUGCUCGGUUUUGCCUCGUACGAAGAACAAUAUAUUGUUACGACUGAAUCAUUACAUAGACCAUGCUCUUCCUCUAGAGAGAAUCCACUUGAUAGACCUUUACAGCAUCAGAAUCAAUGUGAUAAUGAAUUUGAAGAGGUGCUGGAUAAAUUUGAUGAAGAAAACUGUCAUAUUGAUAUAAAUUGUCUGGAUUCGGAUAGUGAUCCAAUUGAUUCAGAUAUUGAAUGGUUUGACAAUACAGAUGAUACAACAGUAGUGACAUCAUAUCUUCCUGAAUAUGAAGAUGUGAUAAAUACGGAGUGUUCCAUAGAAGAAAAUGAAAAUGAAGAGAUUGAUAAUACUAAAGAAUUUUUAAGAAAUUGGAAAUUGAGAAAUAAUAUUUCUCAUACAGCUGUGACUGAGUUGUUAUGUCAUUUAAAAUUGCAUUCUUGUUUUCAAACUUUACCAACACGAUCAAAAACAUUAAUGAAUACUCCUCGCAACAAAGUAAAUGUUAUACCCAUGACACCAGGUGGAUACAUGCACAUAGGUUUGCACAAAGGCAUAACAGAAACAAUUUUAAAUCAAAACAAAGAAUUAUUUCUUAAUGGGAUCGAUAUAUCAAUUUUUAUAGAUGGUAUUCCACUUUUCAAAUCAGGUGUAUCAUUGUGGCCUAUUGUAGGUUCUGUAAAAAAUACCCGCCAUAUUUUUCUUAUUGGAGCUUAUUACGAUCCUGAAAAGCCGUAUGAUAGUAACCUUUAUCUAAGUGCUACUGUAAAUGAUAUUAAAGAUGUAUGUCAAAAUGGUAUAAUAAUUGAAGGAUUAUAUUAUAACUGUCGAAUUGAUUCUGUUAUAGCUGAUGCACCAGCAAAGUCAUAUAUUUUAAAUGUCAAAGGUCACUGCGCAUAUUAUAGUUGUACUAAAUGCCAUAUAAAAGGCGAAUAUACUCAUAGGCGCGUUUAUAUGUUAAAUAGUCAUGAACAAUUACGAAAUGAUGUUGAAUUUAAAAAUAAAACUGAUCUUAAUUAUCAUUUAGGACAUAGUAUUUUAACAGACAUUCCGAAUUUUGAUAUUGUUAAUCAAAUUCCUUUAGAAUACAUGCACUUAAUAUGCCUCGGUGUUAUGCGUAAACUUUUAUAUUUAUGAUUAAGUAAAUCAAAACAACCGUAUUCUUUAAAUGCGCAAAGUAUACAACGUUUAUCCGUUUUGUUAGAAAACAUUGCAGCGUUUGUCCCUAAUGAAUUUUCACGCAAAACUCGAUCGUUACAAUUAGUUAAAUAUUUCAAAGCAACCGAAUAUAGAUUAUUGCUUUUAUAUACCGGUCCUGUUGUUUUAAAAAAAAAUUUAGAUAAAAAUAUAUUUAACCAUUUCUUGACUUUACACGUAUCUAUACGAAUUCUAUGUAGUAAUGAUUGUAAUCAGUACAUCGAAUAUGCAGGUCAACUCUUAGAAAAAUUUGUUGAUGCAAUGCCACAUUUGUAUCAUGAAUGUUUUGUAUCGCAUAAUAUGCAUGGAUUGAUACAUGUUAUACAAGAUGUUAAAACAUUUGGACCAUUAGACAAUUACAGUGCCUUUAAAUAUGAAAAUUUUUUACAGCAUCUAAAACGAAUAGUCAAAAAGUAUACGCAACCUUUACAACAAUUGUAUAAUUGGUAUCAUGAAAUGAAAUCUGAUAUAAUAAGGACUGAUUUUCGUACAACUGAACUUGUAAUCGUUAGCGACUCGCAAACUGGUUAUUGUAUUUUGCCCAAUGGAAAAAGAGGACCUUCGUAUACAGAAGCUAUUUCAAAUAAUUAUCGUUUUCGAGUGCAUACUAUCAAUGAUAAUUGCUGUUUAUUGACAAAUGGAGAAAUUGUAAAAAUAACAAAAUUUUUUUACGACUUUGAGAAGGAAGAAUCAAUCAUUUGUGGGAAAAGAAACAAGCGAAAAGAAAAUUUAUUUACAAUUCCAUGUGAAUCUUCUUUAUUUCAAAUUUAUGUCGUUUCUCAGUUUUCGCAAGAAAAAAUGUGGUCAUUGGAUAAAAUUAGAAAUAAAAUGUUUAUAUUGACGUAUGAAAACAAAUACGUUGUAUUACCAUUGCUGCAUAAUGAAUAUAAUACAGAAAAA